AUGACAACCACAGCUGCUUCCCCUACCGACACGCCGUUGUCGGACUACUUUAGCAACAUGGACUCCCCGUUGGGGGGAGAUCCCUUUGCCGCGUGGGAUGCCGACUUGCACCCUUCAGAAUAUGGCGAUCAGUCGGGCUUUUGCGCAUCCCAUGCAUCCUUCAGUGACGAUGACGACGAUGACGAUGAUGCACACUCCCUGUCCAGCCAUGAAGAUGAUGAUGACGAUGACUGGAACAUUGUCUACGCUGCCUCCUUUACCGUCGUGGCAUCUGCUCAAAAUGGCGGUUGCUGUAGUACUACUACCACCAAACGACGCUCCAGUUUGACCGCCAUGACGAGCAGUACCACCAGUUCCACCACCCUCAGUAGUUCGACUUCGACCGACUGUAUGCCGGCUGCCAUGACCCGUCGCGACUCCAAAGUACGCUUUAGCGAACAACCACCGCAAGUCAACUGCUACGAAACCUGCAGUCGCGAUCAACAUUCGGAUCUGUGGUUUAGUGUGCAUGAAUUGCAAAAGAACAUUUGCGAACUGCGAUUGGAAUCCAACAAUAACAACAACAACAAUAGCAGCAGCAAGCCAUUGGCAACCACAGCUCCUACUCGAUCUCGAUCGGCAUGA